CCUGUGAUCCAGUUUCACUUUGUCUCUUCUAUCUAAAUCUGGCCAUAUUUUAAUUAUCGCAAUGCAAGGUUGAGGCUGGCUAAUAUUAAUAUGGCCCGUGCGCCGGUUUCCGGGGUAGUGAGACCGAAAGAAAACGAGAAGCCCAAAAGUGUAAUUACCGAAUCACAUCAACAGUCCAACACACUCACUCUCAAUAAAAUCUGGACUCAUCGCCCAAUACCCACACAACCAGAGCUUGCCUGCUACUCGUAAGCGCACGCGCGCAUAAUGGCCGACCUAGAACUCAUCCACGCGUACCGGCACCUGCUGCGGGCGGGGCUGCGGGCGGUGCAGUUCUCCAAACCUGGGCGGUUCGUAAUCCGCGACAAGCUGCGCGCGGGAUUCCGCGACCCGGACGGCAUCCUCGACGCCGACCGCGUCCGCCGCACCACCUGGUUCCUCAACGGCGCCGCCCAGGCCAGGCAGAUCGAGCACCGGAUCGUCAAGAAUAUUGUGAUGGUCAGCUUCGCGCGCAAGAGGGAGGCGAAUCGCAUGGCCUGGGGCCUGCAGGUUAAGAUGGAUGCUCAGGGUCAGAGGAAACCCUACCCACCUGAGUCCGUCACGGGACACGAGUUUGAGGCGUACGAGCGGACGAUCGCCUUGUUGAACGACUCCAUGGGCCUGUGUCUGAGAUAAAGUCAAGCGGGUGGCAGUCCUGAGGUCCCGGUAGCUGCCCGGACCAGCUGCUGCGAGGCCCGAGAAGCUUUCCAAAGCGUGCAACAGCGGUCCGGAGAAGCCACUGCACCCCAGAACGCCUCCCCCCCGAAAGCCCACCCCCG